GUCAGAUGGCUACUGCGUCUGCGAUACAGAUAUAGACGUUUAGAAGGAGGGUAAUUCGUACAUUUUCGACCAGAACAAUUUGUAUAAAGAUAAGCUUACGCGGGGUACCGGGCCAUGCAACAGAGUCGCCCAAUAGCCAAUAAGAAUGCAAAGAUUUCUACUGGGAGACCGAUAGUAAAUGCGGCAUUUCCCUGGCGCUCCCAGUCGGACUUGUGUUGAGUGGAUCACCGCCUAGGUUGGGAUAACAGCUACUGACGUCUCCACAUAUCUUAGUCGAUCCGGUUCAUCUACGUUCGUCAAUUUAUGUGUCAAUUAGAAACGCAUGCAACUUGGUUGGUCAAUUUGGGGGAGGAUUGCGAGUAUUUAGGAAAAUAACAAUUUCCGUGCCACUGAAUUAACCAAAAUAACAAUCAGGAAUGGACGAGAAGUGUUUUACUAAGGAAAUCGAUUUAUGGAUCGAACAAAUCAACGACUGCAAACAGCUGUCAGAGAGCCAAGUAAAAACGCUUUGCGAAAAGGCGAAGGAAAUUUUGACCAAGGAAUCCAACGUGCAGGAGGUCCGAUGUCCUGUUACGGUGUGUGGAGACGUCCACGGCCAGUUCCACGACCUCAUGGAGCUCUUCAGAAUCGGAGGAAAGUCUCCAGACACAAACUACCUGUUCAUGGGAGACUACGUGGACCGAGGCUACUACUCUGUAGAAACUGUCACACUACUUGUAGCACUUAAGGUUAGGUACCGUGAACGCAUCACAAUCCUUCGGGGGAACCACGAAAGCAGACAGAUCACACAGGUGUACGGCUUCUAUGACGAGUGCUUAAGGAAGUACGGCAAUGCAAACGUAUGGAAAUACUUCACAGACCUCUUCGAUUACCUUCCUCUCACGGCCUUGGUAGAUACUCAGAUAUUCUGUCUUCACGGAGGCCUGUCUCCGUCCAUAGACACGUUGGAUCACAUCCGAGCGCUGGACCGUUUGCAGGAAGUGCCACACGAGGGCCCCAUGUGUGACCUGCUGUGGUCAGACCCAGAUGACCGUGGGGGCUGGGGCAUCUCCCCCAGGGGGGCCGGCUACACCUUUGGCCAGGAUAUAUCCGAGACAUUUAACCAUGCCAACCGCCUUACCCUGGUCUCCAGAGCUCACCAGCUGGUUAUGGAGGGUUACAACUGGUGCCAUGAGCGAAACGUGGUAACUAUAUUCAGUGCACCAAAUUACUGUUACCGUUGUGGUAACCAGGCAUCUAUCAUGGAACUCGACGACACCCUGAAAUACUCCUUCCUGCAGUUUGACCCUGCGCCUCGUAGAGGGGAACCCCAUGUCACCCGUCGCACCCCGGACUACUUCCUGUAAAACCUCACCACUUGUACAGGAUUGCCAUGAUUUAUGAAAGUACCUUCAGCAUCCAAACCCAUGGGAGAGGGGGCCAGGGUCGGGCGACACAGCAAAACAUCAAUGUACAUAAUUGUAUUCACACCACUAUUUAAGCAUUCACAAAACAUCUGUACAUGGACCAAAAAGUGUUAAAAAUUCUCCAAGGACUCCAAUUCCUUACUCCUCUAGCUCUACUCCCCCGUUUCCAUUCUCAAGGUUAGUGUAACGGAUGUGAAACGCCUAGCUUAGUUAGCGGGGCGCGCUAAAUAUCGUUUCAAUCGGUGACGUCACUUGCUCUGAGACCUUGAAGUAGUAGUUCCCUUUGCUUUGCAAGGGCCGCUGCUUUUGUGGAGCGAUGGGUAACGAUGCUUCGUGGGUGACUGUUGUUGAUGUGUGCAGAGGGUCCCUGGUUCGCACCCGGGUAUGGGCGAGGGGACGGUCUUAAGUUAUACUGUUAGCACAGUAACCAAGUUUUGUUAAUUGAAACAUUUUCAAUCCAAUGCACCGAUGCUGAUUUUGUGAAUCUGCACCUUUUUCAGUAUUUAUUUAUUUAUUUUUAAACCUGUUUGCACUAAAAAAAAGGUUUAAUGUCCAAUGGAGAUGUUAUCUAUCAAAUCACCAGGCAGGUCAAAACUCUGAAAUUUUAGGCAGCCUUUUCUAAUGGCUCUUACACUAAAAAUGGCAUUAUCAUUUAUUACAACCUCAUAGUGUGAAAAUGUAUAUAAAGCACAGGAAAAUCACUUUUGACCGGACUGGGCCUUUGUGUUUUUACAAGUCAGAAGAUGGCUGUUAAACUCUAUGAAGAGUUUUUUUUUUUGUCUUAAAAAUAAAUAAAUCUAGUCACCAGGUUUUUGCUGGGUUAAACAUAUGCCCUUCCAAUUGUGUGUGUGUGGGCAGACAGAUCAAGAAAUUCCAUUGGAAACAGUCACACACUAAAUCAUGAGGAGUGAGUUUGUAUUGAGGGAUCCUGUUGAAUAAAGAAACAAGUUGCUCCUUGA